UCACUCAAUUCAAUUCAACGCACGAAUUGUCAUAUUUUUCUUUUUGCUGUCUUCUACUACUUCCUUAUCGUUUUGGUAGUAAAUUGCGAUAAUAUUUGCACAUCAAGAACAACAGCUUUUCCAAUUUUUUUGAUUGUUUGUUGAUAAUAACGACGCCUUUUUAAACUUGAAUAUACUUGAAUUCAUUCAGAUAAAAUUAAGAAAGAAAAACGCAAAUAAUAAUAAUAGUAAAAUAGUAAUAAUAAGAAGAAGAAACGACCAUAAUGCAUCCAAAUAAUAUGAAUGAAACAAUGGAUAACGAUAGCUAUCAAUUAUCGAUUGGUUCAUCAUCACCAUGUCGAUCAUUCCAUGAUGAUUCCACACAAUCAUCAGAAGCUGUAUUUUCAUCAUCAUCUUCGGGUGAAAAUUCCGUCAUUGAAGGUAUCCAAAAUGAAUUGGUUACAAUUACAAUUGAUGGCGAUGUUGCUGGUGUUGUUGCCAGCGGUGGCGGCGGCAGCGGUGGUGGUGUUGGUAAUGAUAAUUGUGGCAGCCAAACUGUUGUUGGUUCGAAUGUUUCAACACCAGAUACAGAUGGUGGUCAUUUUUUUGAAGGUGCUGAAAAACGUUUAGCAAUCUAUUUUAAAGAAGAUCCAUUGAAUAAAAUACUUGAUUUACGUAAAUUAACCAGAUCUCAAUGGAAAAAUGUACUUGAUCUAGUUCAUUGUCGAAUAUUGAAUGUGAUCAACAAUGAACAUUUUGAUGCCUAUUUGCUAAGCGAAAGCUCAUUAUUUGUGAGUAAAAGAAGCUUCAUAUUGAAAACAUGCGGCUCAACUACUUUGCUUCAUUGUUUGGAUUUGAUUUUGGAAUACGUUUUUAAACUUGGUUUCGAUACCAUUGAGGACGUAUUUUAUUCGCAUAAAAAUCUAUUGCUUCCAUCAUUGCAAACAUUGCCACAUAAUUCAUUCUUAAAAGAAAGUGAAUAUUUAGAUAAAGCAUUCAAUGGCCAUUCACAUUUAUUUGGCCAUAUUAAUGCUGAUCGUUGGUAUCUUUAUCUAUUGGAUUAUAGUCCCGAAUUGGAUUGUAAUGAUGAUCAACCAAAUAGUCAGCUAAUGAAUCGUAAUCGUAAUGAAUUUUUUAAAUUUGAAAUGAUUAUGGAAGAAUUGGAUGAAGAUAUUAUGCGAUUAUUUUUCAAUGAUCCAGACAUGCCCACCACUGCAGCUCAGGUGACCAGAAAAUCUGGAAUAGACAGUAUUAUACCUGGUAUGGUUAUCGAUGAUUAUCUUUUCUCUCCAUGUGGUUAUUCAAUGAAUGGUCUUCUUUCGGAAUAUUAUAUGACCAUUCACAUUACACCAGAACCGGAAUUUUCCUAUGUUUCUGUUGAAAUGAAUGUACCACAAAAAAGCUAUAUAACAUUUAUGGCUAAAGUGAUUGAUGUGUUUAAACCUGGAAAAUUUAUGCUCAAUUUGUUUGUGCCUAGUAUCCAUAAUUUGCGAUCAAAACAAACAUUUAAUGAUUUAUUGGCUAACAAUGAUGGUAUUGGCAUUGGUAUUGGAUAUCGUUGUAAUGAUCAUCAAAAAAUGAAAUCAGCUAAUCAUUGUCUAUUUGAAACAAUGCAAAUGCAUGGACUUGUUAUGUAUGAAGCAUUAUCAUGUGUAUCGAUUGGCCAUUAUCGUCGUUGUGAUUUUCAAAUGGCUCAAACUGAACAUUUGGACAUUAUCUAUGCACGAUUUGUAAGCGAAGGUAUUAGCUGAAGCCUACUGCAAUGGUAUAUUUGUGCAUUUUUUGGCGGCUAGCGUUUGCCUCCUUUCCUUUAAUUCAUAAAUCACAGCUAAUUUUUUUUUCUUUUUAAACCCACUUUUAAAAUAAUUCAAAAAUUUAGAUAAUUUUCAAAUCAAUCAAGACAAUAUUUUUUUCUCAUCAGUGUUUUUUUUUUAAAAAUUCUCAUACAUCGAUGAAUGUGACAAUUGUGUGUGUGUGUGUGUGUGUGCGUGCUCGUUUUCAACAUUUUUAUUUUUCUCUAAUAAUUAACUACUGCCAAUGAAAAUGUUUGGCAAUAAUAACCUGAUAACACCACGACAUCAAAAAAAAAAAAAAUUUCACCAUUUAAUGAUAAUAAUAAUAAUCUGUGUGCUCAAAUUCAUUUUUCCUAACACCUACACCUACACACACAAACACAAUAACCAAUGUUUUUUGGUAGAUUGAUUCCUAUCAAUUUUACCUGUGAUUUUACCAUUAACAAGUUAUUGUUGCUGUUUCCAUUUUUUUUAUGAUAAUUUCCAUUUAUUGUUAUCCUCACUAUUCAGGAAUCAUAAAUAUAUCUAAUCUAAUCUUUUUUUAUAUUCACAUAAACAUU